AGAGUACAUUUCCCAGGGUUCCUUGUUAGAUUACCUGAUUGACCAUAGGAGUAAUAUUAGGGCUAAUCCCACCAUGUACCUGUGGGCUUCACAGGUCGCCAAUGGCAUGUGUUAUCUGGAGACCAUGAAGAUAGUCCACAGGGAUCUAGCUGCUAGGAAUAUCCUUGUCCAAAAUUUGGAACAGGUGAAGAUUAGUGACUUUGGGUUGUCGAGGGCUUUUGCCGAGGAGAAGAAUUACUAUCAGGCGUUUAAAGGGGGCGCUGGCCAAUCAAAUGGUAUGCACCAGAAUGUGUUAACUAUGGAAAGUUUAACCACAAGACAGAUGUCUGGAGUUUUGGCAUCACGUUGUGGGAAAUGUUUUCUUAUGGAGACCAGCCUUACGGAGACAAAAAGGGUGUAGAGGUCAUGCAGUUCAUUGAGUCAGGAGAAAGACCUGACGACUGUCCCGAAACCUGCUACAAGAAGAUGAGAGAAUGCUGGCACAAAGACCCAGCUAAACGACCAGACUUCAAGGAAUUGUAUAGACAUUUUCAGGUGGACCAGGAAUACGCAUGUGUGGGCGAGUUUCUUGCAAAGAGGAACAAGUCAAGGAAAAACUAGUUGUGUACAUGUGACCUUUGACCUUUUUUGGGGUCAUCCCUAGCCAGUAAAUCAUGCUAUUUUUAGUCAGUUGAUCUGACUUCAUGACACUGAAAUUCAUAGCUUUACAGAAUUUUUUAUUUUUGAAUUCUAUGUACUCUAUAUUAAUUUUAAAAAUUUUUUUAGACGUUCAUUUUUGUUUGUAUUUGACUUCAGUAUGUUCUAUUUUCAUCUUUAACAAAAUCAUUUUUACAAGACUACUGAUAUUCUUGCCACUCAUGAGCAUACAAAUUAUUGUUUUCAUUUGAAUAUUAAACAUAAAUAUUCAAAAGGUUUGUUCAAGUACUAGUAUUUCUAAAUAUUGCUUGGAUGUUUAGCAAUGAUAUCAUCUUUUAUAGCAAAUUCUUUAUAUACCUGUUUUUCUGUUGUAAAAAAAAUAUAUAUUUUAGUACCAGCAUGAAAACAGAAAGCAAGAAUCAAUUUUGACCAGUUCCAAAAUAUAAAUGAAAAUUAUUCAUCAACUGAUUUAUACUUAUAUUGAUGUAUUGUUGAUAAAACUAAUGAUCUUGUUGAUUGUUAUUUUGAUGAGCAUUUAUUGAUAGUUGCAACUUCAACAUUUUUAAUUGUUAUCCAUUCCAAUUAAUUUUGUUAACAUUCCAGGUCUAGCAAUAAUUUACAGAGUUAUGCCCCUUUUCAAGUAAUCCUAUAAAUAUUUGAAAUGUAUGUCCUUCUUUGCAGGCACAAACAUU